AUGAAUGAUGACGAUGAUGAUAAUGAUGUAGAUAAUGAUGAAGAAGAUGAUGAUGAUGGUGAUGAUGGUGAUGAUGUCCUGCCGUCUCCGUCAAGUCCUGCCAUCUACGUCAAGUCCUGCCGUCAAGUCCUGCCAUCUCCGUCAAGUCCUGCCAUCUACGUCAAGUCCUGCCAUCUCCGUCAAGUCCUGCCAUCUCCGUCAAGUCCUGCCGUCAAGUCCUGCCGUCAAGUCCUGCCGUCAAGUCCUGCCGUCAAGUCCUGCCGUCAAGUCCUGCCGUCAAGUCCUACCAUCUCCGUCAAGUCCUGUCGUCAAGGCAUGCCGUCAAGUCCUGCCGUCAAGUCCUGCCGUCAAGUCCUACCAUCUCCGUCAAGUCCUGCCGUCAAGUCCUACCAUCUCCGUCAAGUCCUGCCAUCUACGUCAAGUCCUGCCAUCUCCGUCAAGUCCUGCCAUCUCCGUCAAGUCCUGCCGUCAAGUCCUGCCGUCAAGUCCUGCCGUCAAGUCCUGCCGUUAAGUCCUGCCGUCAUGUCCUGCCGUCAAGUCCUGCCAUCUCCGUCAAGUCCUGCCGUCAAGUCCUGCCGUCAAGUCCUGCCGUCAAGUCCUGCCGUCAAGUCCUGCCGUCAAGUCCUACCAUCUCCGUCAAGUCCUGUCGUCAAGGCAUGCCGUCAAGUCCUGCCGUCAAGUCCUGCCGUCAAGUCCUACCAUCUCCGUCAAGUCCUGCCGUCAAGUCCUACCAUCUCCGUCAAGUCCUGCCGUCAAGUCCUGCCGUCAAGUCCUGUCGUCAAGUCCUUCCAUUGUGAAAACACCACUGGUCUACAGAAGACACCACUGGUGUACAGAAGACACCACUGGUCUACAGAAGACACCAUUGGUGUACAGAAGUCACCACUGGUGUACAGAAGACACCACUGGUCUACAGAAGACACCACUGAUCUACAGAAGACGCCACUGGUCUACAGAAGACACCACUGGUGUACAGAAGACACCACUGGUCUACAGAAGACACCACUGGUCUACAGAAGACACCAUUGGUGUACAGAAGACACCACUGGUGUACAGAAGACACCACUGGUGUACAGAAGACACCACUGGUCUACAGAAGACACCACUGGUCUACAGAAGACACCACUGGUGUACAGAAGACACCACUGGUCUAGACACCACUGGUGUACAGAAGACACCACCUGUCUACAGAAGACACCACUGGUGUACAGAAGACACCACUGGUGUACAGAAGACACCACUGGUGUACAGAAGACACCACCUGUCUACAGAAGACACCACCUGUCUACAGAAGACACCACUAGUCUACAGAAGACACCACUGGUGUACAGAAGACACCACUGGUAUACAGAAGACACCACUGGUGUACAGAAGACACCACUGGUCUACAGAAGACACCACUGGUCUACAGAAGACACCACUAGUCUACAGAAGACACCACUAGUGUACAGAAGACACCACCUGUCUACAGAAGACACCACUGGUGUACAGAAGACACCACUGGUGUACAGAAGACACCACUGGUGUACAGAAGACACCACUGGUGUACAGAAGACACCACUGGUGUACAGAAGACACUGCGGAUCUACAGAAGAUACCACUGGUGUACAGAAGGUACCACUGGUGCACAGAAGGCACCACUGGUGUACAGAAGACACCACUGGUGUACAGAAGACACCACUGGUGUACAGAAGACACCACUAG